GAAUGCUAAAGAAGAAGAAAUAUUAUUCUAAUAAAAUUUAUUUGCUAUAACAUAUAUUUAUAUGUUAUUAGAAACAUUUUUUAAGCUUUAAAAACUUAAAAAUAUUUCAAACAAACAGCUAAUUCUCAGUCCAUACUUAAGCGACCACGUUUCAAAAUUUAAGUGCGAGAGGAUUUUUACCAGAGAGUACGACACGUUUGGAUGCUGAGCGCAACGCAUUUAUCCGAGUUUUCUGUUUCUGUACGAUCAGUGCUCAUCGGAAUGUUGGAUCGUGCGGUUCGUAGUGAUCGGUCGCGUUUGUGCCGUGGUUAGCAAAGUAUAAACGAAUCCAAGUGUUUAGUGAUAUGAUUUUCUUUUAGUGAUACAGUAUUAUUGCAACCGAAAAACGAAUAAAGUGAACGAGUUUUGAAGCGCAACACUUGUGAUGCAAACAAUUACAUGAAAAGAUUUACCGACCGCCAGUCGCAUUGUCGCUUAAAUGUGACAGUUUGCUCUACGUCCUGAGCCGGCAAUUGCGGACCGGCGUGUUCUUUCGACUGGAGCUUAAAAUAGCCAAAUCCGCGAGUGCACAAAAACCGAAUCCGCGGUUCAGGCGACGUCGGACGUUUCGCGACGUCGCAGUGGUUGUGGGCCGGAAAAGCGCAAGCAAAACGCGCUGCUAAGCAUCAACAGUGGCGUGGUCUUUUUUGUUCGUGAUUUUGCAUCAAGAUACGAUGUGCAACAGAGCAAGUGGGCUCGUAUACGAUGUGCAGAGGCACCUGCCAAAGUGAUCGAAGUGCGUGAGAAAUUAUCGAUCAUCCUUGCGAUCUCAAAGUGGUGCUUGGCGCACCAGGAUAAAAGAGCAAAAAUGGUGCGUUUGAAUCUUGCUUGCAAGGGAAAAAAGCGAUCACGCAGCACGCAUUAAUUGAUGUAUCGCAAAGUGUGCAAAGUUCAGUGCUUGUGUGGGUUGGUACAGUGUCUCAAUUCAAACGUGUAUUACGUGCCGCGAGAAAAGAGCAUUUAACUUACGAAAAAAGGCCACUAAUUGACACGCGAAGAACCUGGAAAAGGGCUGGUGAAUAAGUUUAGCAAAAGAAGCCGAUUGGACAUGAGUCCAUUCUUGCCACCUUCAACGCUUCCUUCGCUUGCGAACUGCUGCAAAAGAAAGUAAUUAUAGACGCCCUUAUCAAUGCGAUGCCAUUUUUCAUCACGCCUUCCUCCGGGUCGCAGCCGGUCGCUGCCAGUACAAAAAGCCUCAGUACCUCAGCACACUAUCGAUGACGACGACGACGACGAUGAUGAUGAUGCUGCUGAUGACGGUGGUAUUGCAGACGAGCGGUUCCUAAAUGCAACCGCUGGCAAUGAUUGUGCUGAUGAAGUUGAUUCGUCACCCUGGAACAUACGAGUUCACUAGACGUCGAUAGUUAGCGCGUAGUUUGUGCAAGUUCUCCUUUACUUUGUGAUAAGUAAGCAAAGCAGUGAAUAAAUAAGUGUGCCAAGAAUGCUAAAGAAGCAAGUGCGCUGCCCUCAGUGCAGUGAUUAGUGUGCGAAUGUUGUGUGAUCGUUUCGCCCUGAAACGGAAGCAAACGCGUGUGUGAUCGUGAGAAAGAAAGUGUGAAAGAAGAAGCAAUCGUGAGCAAUAGAAAUUAGUGAGAAUAGUGAAAAUGAGAUUUAAGAUGUGUUCCAGACGACCAAAGUGCGUCCUGGUGACGUUAUUACUAGCACUGAGUGUAAGCGUCGUGAUCGGGGUUCGUCAGGAUCACGACGAUAUGUCCGUUGAGGAGAUGCUGCGACGUGAAAGCCGCGAUGUAGACACAGACCAGACAGAGCACCUCGUGCCGAUGGGAUGGAGUGAUGCAGAUGACGGUGCUCUUCCGGCUGUGAUACGGAAUCGACCGCGACGAACGAAACAAAUAUGGCGACAGCAUCGGCCACGGCACUCCGGGCGGCAAGAGUUAAAAUUAUUUUCUGGCCUGACGGUUUCCACCGCAACCGCGGACUACGAGCAGCAACUUCCGAAAGCGUCCGGUUUGUGGCCAUCAUUUUUUAAUGUAGCCCUCCGGGCGACAAUCUCCGUGAAUGCGACCUGUGGUCAGACGGGCCGGGAAGAAUACUGCCGGCUAACGGAAGGCACUGGACGUACGCGCGGUUCCCAGUGCGGUAUCUGUGACGCGAACAAUCCUGACCCGGAGAAACGCCACCCGAUCACAAAUAUCGUCGAUGGUACGAACAGCUGGUGGCAAAGCCCGACGUUGCAGAAAGGCGCUAAAAAUGAUCGCGUGACGAUCAAUCUCGAUCUCGGACAGCUGUACCAGAUAGUGUUUUUCACAAUGCGUGCCGCCAUUUCUCCCCUUCCUGCUGCUUGGGUGUUGGAAAAAUCGCUAGACGGACGGGUGUACGACGCAUGGCAGUAUUUCGCAUCCGAUGACACGGAAUGUCGGGAGCGGUUUGGUUUACCGGCCUACAGUACGAACUACAUCUUUAAAAGUGACACGGAAGUGAUUUGCUCGACGCAGUUUUCUUCGCUCGAACCACUGGAAAAUGGAGAAAUUAAUUUGUCCAUCAUAAGUGGACGACCGAGUGAAAAGAGCACAUCGCCUGAGCUGCAAAACUUUACCCUAGCUCGAUACGUUCGUAUACGGUUGCUGCGUAUUCAGCAGGCAGAUGCACAGCGGAGCUUUUACACUGUUCGAUCGCUGAGAAUCGGCGGGCGAUGCUUUUGCUCCGGCCACGCUGGUAAGUGUAAAACGAACGAUAAUAACAUCGACAAUGAGCCACAGUGUGAGUGCGUGCACAACACUUGUGGGGUGCAUUGUGAUCGAUGCUGUCCACUUUACAACCAACGACCCUACCGUAUUGGAACUCCUGUCGCAGCGAACAAAUGCGAAAAGUGUGAAUGCCACGGUCAUGCAAAGUCCUGCAUCUACGACAAGCUCGUGGAUGAGCAACACCUCAGCAUAAGCAUCCGGGGGAAGAUGAGUGGUGGAGGUGUCUGUCAAAAUUGUACCCAUUUCACAACCGGAAUUAACUGUGAGCGUUGUCUGGCCGGGUAUUACCGGCCGACGGAUCGAUUGCCGAACCAUUCGGAACCGUGCAUCGUUUGCAAUUGUACGGCCCCUGGUGCGACGGGAGAAUGCAAUCCGAUUGGAGGCGAUUGUUACUGUCGGGAAGGAUUCACCGGUCCCGGAUGUACCGAAUGUUUACCAGGACAUGCGGGAGAUAAGUGCAUUCGGUGUGAUUGUGAUGCGAGAGGUACACUGCCCGGUCGGGAAUGUGAUGAAAGGUGCAGCUGUAAGGCUCACGUCACUGGUGAGCGUUGCGAUAGCUGUGCUGAAGGAUACUUCGCGCUGGAUGAAAGCCAUACCGAUGGAUGUCUCAAGUGUUACUGUUCCGGUGUGGCAACGAGCUGUUCACUGGCGCACGUCGAAACGAGCAGUUACGAAACGCUGCACGGCUGGACGGUUACGAACUUGGGCAUGAGCGAACAAAUUGUCCCCACAAAGGAUAACGAAACCGGAUUUCUGGUGUUCGGUAUGUUUGAAAUGCCCGAAACAGAAGCCAUAUACUGGAAGGCACCGGAAGGAUAUCUUGGGAACUUGUUGCGUAGUUACGGUUCGCGGCUAAACUUCAAGAUCCAGUGGAUAACGGUGCGUGGCGACACGAGUGGGAAACCUACGGUUGGACCGAAUCUUGUGCUGGUUGGUCGAAACGGUAUGAAGAUAGCGUACGGGGAGGAAAGCUAUGAUGAGAUUGGAGAGGCUACGAUUGAAGUUCCGUUGAGGGAGGACAGUUGGUAUCACGUUCCAAGAACGGUGAAGGAUAUCAUUACCCGGCUAAGACGUACGGAGUAUCACGGGGAUCCCGUCACACGGUCUCAGUUUAUGGCGGUUCUCACAGACGUGGAAGCGAUACUGAUACGAGGCACCUAUCACACGGACCAGGUAGAGAGUGUGUUGGAUCAAGCUCAGCUGUUUUCGGGAUUACACUCAACCGGCGGAUCGACGUGGAACAGCAAUUUCACUUUUAUUGAGCGCUGCGAAUGUCCGGAGGGAUAUCGAGGAACUUCCUGCGAGGAGUGUGCAUUCGGGUACGUUCGUAUCUAUGAAACAAGUGUCACACAUGAACGAAUCGGCCGCUGUAUUCCGUGCUCUAUGUGCAAUGGACAUGCAAGUAGUUGUGAUCUUGAAACGGGAGAGUGUGGUAGCUGUUUGCACAAUACCGUGGGGACAAACUGUGAACGGUGUUUACCAGGGUUUUACGGUAAUGCGACCAUUGGACUUCAGGGCGACUGUCGACAGUGUGCUUGUCCACUGGUGGAAGAAAGCAACAAUUUUUCACCCAACUGUCAGGCUCGUGGUGGAAGCACGGAUCUAUCGGAGUAUGUGUGUACGCAAUGUCCAGAAGGGUAUACGGGAGAUCACUGCGAAUUAUGUGAUGAUGGAUAUUAUGGGGAGCCGGCGGUGAUUGGAGGUCAGUGCCUUCCUUGCCCAUGUCACGGAGGACCUUGCAAAGUGAAGACGGGCGAAUGCAUCGAAUGUUUAGGUAACACUGAAGGAUGGCGUUGCGAGCGUUGCAAAACCGGCUACUGGGGUGUUCCGGAUGAUGGGUGCGAACCCUGCAGCUGUUCCGAACUGGGUGCACUUGAGAACGUGUGUGACGUGACGACGGGCCAGUGCAUUUGCAAACCGCGCUACGGUGGCCGACGGUGUGACGAGUGUGAUGUGGGAUAUGGUAAUCUGGAUCUCGACUGUCCAGCCUGUGCGUGCAAUGUGAAUGGUUCGGUUAGCUUGAUGUGCAAUGUAGUGAGUGGACAGUGUGAGUGUAACGUCGGUACGGAGGGAAUCAACUGUGAUCGGUGCCAGGAAGGAUUCUUCGGGCUUUCCGUGGAACAACCGGACGCUUGUGAAGACUGCAACUGCCAUGCGAAAGGUGCCCUCGAUCAGACCUGCAGCCCGAAGACGGGCCAGUGUCAGUGUAAACCAAACAUCGAAGGCCGGCAGUGUAAUUUGUGCCGGAAGGGCUUCUGGGAUUUGAAUUCCGGGAACGGAUGCAUACCGUGCUCCUGUGAUGCAAACGGCAGUGAGCUCGAUGGAUGUGAUCUACACACGGGACAGUGUUUCUGCAAGACGGGAGUCACUGGAACCAGUUGCGAUCGGUGUGACGUAGGUUUCUACGGAUUUAGUGCGCAAGGAUGCAAGCGAUGUGAUGUAUGCAACAGUGCUGCGUACGUAUGUGAUCCGGAUACGGGACGUUGCAUCUGUCCGGCGAACAGCCACGGACCGGAAUGUCGUUCCUGCAUCGCCAACACUUGGGGCAACGAGUUCCAGAAAGGCUGUAAACACUGCGCGUGUGACAUCGUCGGUUCGAUUGGACAGUCGUGCGAGCGAGAAACGGGCCAAUGUAGCUGCAAGGAGGGUUACACCGGUCGUCAAUGUAAUGAGUGUGCCUCGGGAUACUAUGGCUAUCCGACGUGCCAUCGUUGCGCUUGCGAUGAGCGUGGUACACUGCCGAGUAAAAACGGAACCGUGUUUCCCUGCGAUCGAAAUGGUCAAUGCCAGUGUAAGGAAAUGGUGUACGGAAAACGGUGCGAUCUUUGCCGGCAGGGUACGUUCGGAUUGACCGCUUUCCACCCGGAAGGUUGUACCAGAUGCUUUUGUUUCGGGAGGGCAAGCAAUUGCACGCAGAGUGAUCAUUCCUGGGGUCAGAUGCGGUUGGUGGGGGCGCGUAAUUUGAGCGUCGAGUACCUGGAACGUCAGGAUGAUCACACCGAGGUUGACUAUGUAGUGAUUCUCCAGCUGGAAGGCACGCAUAUGCAUCGGGAAGAUGUGAACAUUACCAGCAUGAACAAUCUUGAGCUAAUACCAAGCUCCUCGGGUAAUGUGUCGAUCGGAGCGUACGCCAUGUUCCGAUACCCAUUGUACUUUCAGCUACCACCUCAGUUCCUAGGUGAUCUCACCGCCAGCUACGGUGGGCAGCUUAACUUCACGCUACUCACGGCGGGCGCUACCAUUAACAUCCCUGAGCCAUCGUUGCGUCAGUUCCCGCUGGUGCAGCUGCACACUCACGAGAAUCUGGUGCUAGACUUCUACGCGGAAUCGAAUCGCCACGGACAAGCGGUAGAAUCACAUGCUGUCCGUUUGCUUGGAAGUUUAUGGCGCAGUCACUAUGAUGGUACGUGGAUCAACCGAACCAUCCUGAUGACGGCCCUGCAGAACGUUCGGCAUAUUUUUGUCCGAGGAACGACCACAAUGGACUUUCAGCAAGUUGUACUUACCAAUGUCACGCUUGAUACGGGAAUCUUCGUAGCAGGAGCAGAAAAUAACCAUGCGUACGGUGUGGAGCGAUGUAGUUGCUCACCGAAAUAUAGUGGACUAUCGUGUCAGAAUCCGGGUCGAGGUUACUAUCGCCACCGAUUACCUAUCCUUCAUUUGGAGUGGGCAACAAUAGAUGAUUUGAUCGGCAAAGUGAUACCUUGUGGAUGUAACGGACGGAGCGAGGAGUGUGAUCCGGAAACGGGUAUUUGCUUGAACUGUCGUAAUAACACCGGCGGAGAGCAUUGUGAACGUUGCGCAGAAGGAUUCUACGGCGAUCCUAACCUCGGUCUGUGUGCACCCUGUCCGUGUCCCGAAACGCGCAAAAACUUUGCCCGAGGUUGUACGGUUCGUGGCAACGACGUGCAGUGCAUCUGCAAGCCGGGCUAUACCGGGGCAUUGUGUGACAGUUGCAUGCGUGGCUACUUUGGGCAUCCACAUCUGGAUAAUGGACAUUGUGAUGCGUGCGAAUGUAAUCGUGAGGGCAGUAUGUCGGACGAGUGUGAUCAUUACACCGGCGAGUGUCAUUGCCGACCGGGCAUUACUGGGCGCAAGUGCGAUCGUUGCGAACAGCCGAAACAUAUCGUGCAGGACUAUCGGUGCAAGAUUUGUGAUAACUGCACCAUUACACUGAUAGACGAUUUCGACAUAUUGGCCAGCCGUUUGGCGGAAGAAACGUCUCACAUCGAUCGCAACGGGAUACCGGCACCAUGGGUGGAAUUGACGAAAUAUGAAGCGAAAACACGACAACUUUCGGAUCGUGUAGCCCGACUGCUUGAAGCGGAAGAUACUGCAAAAAAGUUUAUGGCGGACUUUGCCGAACCCCUUACGCGCAAUGCAACUCGAUUAACCAAGCGGCUCCACAAGCUGGACAAUCGUGCAAGGAACCGCGAGGAAGAAAUCCUCAAAUGCACUGAUCGUGCAAACGAACUGUUUGAUGAAAUCAAUAUGAUCGAUAGUGAUCUUCGCAGCACAAUUCAGAUACUUAACAACUACGGUGUGGGAGAUCAUCACGUCAAACUACCGCUCGCAGUGCAAGAAGCGAAAGAUCGGCUAGCAAAAAUUCGUGAUCAGUACGAAGCGAUACAGUUCGAUGAUAAGGUGCUCGAAUGUGCCAAUAAGCAAUACGACCACUGGUCUAAUGUGUCGAAGAUGGUUGAGCCCCACGGAAGGAAAUUGGAAGAUCUGAAAUUCGAGAUUGAGCAGAUACACCACAAAGCGGACCAUCUUCAAAACUACACCGUACAAGUAUUCCGCCACGUGCAGGAAACGGAGGUGUACCAAACAGCGAACCAGAAGCACUUCGAUAAGGCCCGUGAUGCAUAUCAGCAGGCAGUAGAAGAUAAUGCUAGCGUGAAGAAACUUCUCGACACCAAUAUCAUGGCGGAUACGGACAUAACUCUGGUGCAGCUCGAUGAUAACUAUGGUCAGCUGGAAAUGGAUAACCAAAAUCUGCACAACUUGGUGGAGGGAUUGAAUGAAUCAACUGAAGAUUUGAUCCGUGAGAAAAGCAUCCUACUUGAAACGCAGAUCCCCAAAGCGGUUCGACAUGCGGAACACUUGAAAGCGAAAGCGGAUCACAUUAGGAACAAGUUUCAAACGACAGAGGACAUAUCGGCGAAGGCUAUGAAGGCUAGUCAAGCGUACGAAAAUAUCAUCUCUGCCAUUGUGGCAGCCCAGUCCAGUGCAGACAAUGCAACCAGCAUGGUUGAGAAAGCCGAUGAGCAUAUUAAUCCACUGCACGAUGUAACGAUCAGUGAUCGAAGCCGCAAAGCGUUGGGAAUUUCGACGAAUCUGACCAGUCGAGCGAACAAGGAACUAAAUAAGGCUGUUGCACUCAACGAGACGAUGAUACAGAAGGAAAAGAGCGUCCAGAGCCUUAAGGAUCAGAUAUGGCAGACGGCGAUCAAGAACAACAAUUUGAUGGAAGAACUUGGCAAGGUCGAACCAGGUGAAACGAUGAAAUCGGUUCAAUCCGAUCUGGACCGUUCCAGCAUCGUAUCCGAGCAGAUGAAGUUUGUCCGACAGGAGGCAAUCAAUUUGAACAGUGACGUAUACAAGCUAAAGUUGAAACUGAAAUCACUCGAGCCGGAAUGGGAUACCAAGUUUGGAAUGGCGGAGGAAAACGUAUCGCAAACGUUUGGUAACAUUCGAAAGGCAAAGGAUAAGCUGAACGGUAUCGAAGCUUUGGCGAGAAUACAAGAAGACCGGUUCAAGGUGUGGAAUGAGUCGUUCUCUGGCCAGCUGCAGCAGUUACGCGAUCAAAUUGCGUUGGCUAAACACGCCGCGGAGGGUAUUCGCGUUUCGAUGGAAUCGGCAGAUCAAUGUAUACGGUCUUACGCUCCAGCCACCUUCGGACCUACGACAUCCAAUCGGAUCGUUAUGUCGAUCGCUUUAACGAAUUCGAACGUCCAGAACUCACCACUUGCGUACAUUGAAGGGGACGGACGACGGUUCAUAGCACUUGAGUUACGGCAGCGUAAGAUUCGAAUGCUUUGGAGUUUGGACGGUGGUGCAGUUACGACGGUGACCCAUCCGCAGGAGAUAGAGGUGCGCGAUCUUAAGAACGAUGAUGCGUGGUAUUUUAUUGACGCAACACGUACCUUUAACGUGGGAACACUUAACGUGAGGCAUAUGUUACCCGCCGGCGUGCUGAAUAAUGCUCGUCCAGUGACCGGUGCGAGUAGUCCAGCUUUCUCAACAAUUAGUAUCGGUCCAAGCAGUCGUAUCUGGGUAGGUGGUAUACCGGACGAUUUGCGUGUACCAGAGCUGGAACCGAGCCAGGGAUUAGGCGUUGCGGUGAGUCAGUUGUACGUCGACCGACGGCAGCUUGGUUUGUGGCACUUUACAAGCUCUAGUGGGAAGUGCGCAGGAGCCAUGUUAGGUCCACAAGAGGUAGCCAGCUCAACGAACGAGCGAAACUUCAAUGGUAACGGAUAUGCGGUGCUGCAGCAUACUGGGCGUCAGAACAAGGUGGAGUUCAGUUUGAGCCUCAGCUUCAAGACGCUUGAUGAGGAUGCGCUCAUUUUCCUGGCGCUGGAUGAGAAGAAUAAUCGAUCUGUAUCGCUCACCCUGUAUCAAGGCCGAUUGGUAUUCCGUGUCGACUAUGGCGAUGAUGCACGGCUCGAGAUAAACACAACUAAACGAUACAACACCGGUGCUUGGGUCGUAGUGGAGGCAUCCCGUCAGUAUCGUAAAUCCCGAACCGAUGAAGGUGUGUUGAAGGUGGAUGGUCUCGACAACAUUCUCGGAUCACCGACGAAACCGAUUGGUGCCUCAAUGCUGCCCGUUCUUAGCGAUAAAUACUACCUGGGAGGAGUGCCUCCAGGCUUCAAAACAGGCACUACCAAAGCACCCGGUGCCGAUCACGCAUUUUUGGGCUGUGUGAAGGGAUUGCAGAUCAGUGGCACCUCGUACGAUCCACUCGAUAGUACGACCCACUUCGGCAUAGAGACAUCCUGCGAUAGUACGAUCGUGAAGGCAGGGUUUUUCGGCGAAGGUUACGUCGAGUUCCCUUCGUUCCCGUUGAAGAAGCGGGCAAACUUUGGCUUCGUGUUCCGUACGAUGCAACCGGACUGUCUGUUGCUGCUAUCUGCCUACCCGAGCCGAAUUCAUGACGACUACGAUUCGAAGGAUACCUUCGGCAACUAUUCGGUGUUCUUGUCGGAAGGUCGUCUUCAUCUGUGGAUGGAUGCCGGUACCGGUCGGAUUGAGCUAGUAUCAAACGAAACCCUGAACGAUGGCGAGUAUCAUGUUCUCGCGAUGGUCAAACAAGGUCGCCAUGUGGAGCUACGCAUUGACGACAAGCUGCAAAUGUCCCGGACGCUUCAAUCGUCGCUAGUAAACAUGCCGGGUGAAAGUGGUGGACUGUACAUCGGUGGAGUGCCUUACGAUCCGGCCUUUACAUCGCUAGCGAAGGUGUUCGAUGGGCUGAAGGGUGUCGUGGCAAACGUGGUCUUCAACAACCAAACACUUUCGUUCGGUCAAGCACUUAACUUUACCGACGUACAGAUGGGACGUACUGGUCCGCCUAUGGGCAGCCAGGGCUUAUACACGGCACUAAUGAAGACUGAACCAAUAGGGCGGAGUUUUAAGGCCGCUCCAGAAGGUUGCCAUCGUGUCGGAAGCUACUCCUACGAACCAAAUGCGUUUAAGUACGGCGAUAAACCACAAAGUUAUUCCGUGGUGACUGUGCAGGCGAGAAACAUAUGGCAGCGCAAUUUCCACAUCGAGUUUGACUUCCGAACGUACUACCCUAAUGGCAUUUUGUUCGUGGCAUUGGGCACCAAAGAGAAGGCGAAACAUUUCAUCAUGUUAGCGUUAAAGGAUGGCGUACUGAAGCUGACGGUGCGUGGCCGUAAACGGGACCAACUGCUGCUGCCACCGAAAUUGAACGAUGGCCAGUGGCAUCGGGUGGCACUGAGCAGCGUAAAGAAGAAAGCGACGUUGAGCGUACAAAUUGGCAGCAGUCACAGCUCGGCGCAGCUUAAACUACCAAAGAAAUUGAAUGCGGCCAACACGCUGCACAUCGGUGGGCUGCCGGACGAGGUACCGAUACUGCCCCGGGAGCUCCAACCAAGACCGGAAGCAUUCAAGGGUUGUCUGCGAAAGUUCGUCGUGAACAAUAAUACGCAGGACUUGGCCCGUCCCGGGCGCCAUUUGCACGUGGGUCAGUGUUUCCCGCGCAUUGAGCGUGGUUCCUACUUCCCGGGUGAUGCGUACGCCAUUUACAAACGCAACUUUAACGUAGGAAAGUUCGUCGAGAUCGAGCUAGAAGUACGGACGUCUGAGAUGAACGGAAUACUCAUGAGUGUGGCCGAUCAGAUCAACGGAUUCCCAGCGUUAUCGUUGGAAAUAUCAAACGGCAACAUCAUCCUUUCGGUGGACAAUGGUGACGGUAAUCCGACGCGUCUAUCCACGACACUUCCCUCGAAGUAUACGCUUUGUGACAACCGAUGGCACAACAUCUCGGCACUGUAUGAAGAUCACCAAAUGGCACUUCGUGUGAACGAGUUCCCACCAUCACUGCUGUUGCCACACGGAGUUGCUGGAUUUGGACGAGUCAACACUAAGGCUCCUUUAUACAUCGGAGGUCUUCCCGAUGCGGCUUCCAGUGGUACACUUUUGAUGAGAGAAAACCUUAAAGGUUGCAUUCGCAACAUUGUCAUCCGUAACGAGCGCAAGGACUGGACGGACAUGGACGAUCUGCACAAUGUGCUGCUGAGCGAAUGUCUAGCGGUGAAUUAGCGAAUUAGUCUAACGCGCUCUGUUUCGCACUGUACAUAGCCAUACGAUACAAUACGCUUAAAUGAAGGUGUUCCACGGCAUUAGGAUAAGUUUGCGGCCGAAAGUUUAUUUCCAAUUAGUUCAGCGCACCAUUGCGAUUCCGGGGGGACGUGUUAAGCCAAAUACGAAGCGUUACUUUCGGACAUCCGGAAGACCGAGGACGCUCUUCGCACGCAGAACAAAACAAUGAAGUGUUCAAAUGGCAGUGACGCCGAAACUGCCAACGAUUAGCUCAUCCGGGAUAGUAUGACGCACGUUUAGGUUAGGUAGAGUAAUGAUUUAAGCUAGCGCAUAAGGCCCACCUAACUUAUAGACUAUUGUAUUUAUUACGCCCGAGAGCCAUCGUGGGUCGGGUGGGAACUCCCGACCUCUUCGAUGGAGUUCGAGUUCUCGAGCUUAGAGUCUCUAUUUAUUCGCGAUAGAACCGAUUCCAGAACAAAUACAAAUACACGGAUUAGAAUGUUACGUUCGUUAAGAUGCCAUAGAUUGAGGAUAUGCUACAAUGUAUUAGAGAAACGAUCGUAAAACUAGCCGGAGGUACGUAAAGGCAGGACCGGGACUUAAGAUCGAUAAGCGUUAAGAAGGCUAGGAAAAUGUAGAGAUAAUGAUAAUGUUGUCUCCUUGUUGACUAACAAAAUGUGUAAAAAUAAGUUAAACCAACGAAAUGGUUUGCGAGUGUUGACGAAGUGUGUAUGGCGAUCACAUGCAAACACAUGAAUUUAUAUCCAUUGCGGUAUUACAAAUAAACCUCCUAACCUCCUCCAGCGUGAGAGCGAGUACGUAA